AUGACUGAGAAUGUUGAUUACAAUUUAGUGCAGGUAAAGCAUGCCUUCGGCCCAACGCCCACCUCUCCACAACCUGAUCCAACGGACUCAAUCAGCUCCCCAGUUAUCAGCACGAAAAGUCAAGAAUCUAUCAGCAGUGAAGAGGAGGUCCACACGCUUUUUGUCAGUGGCCUUCCUCUGGGCAUUAAACCACCUGAACAUUACCCUCUCUUUCGAUCAUUGAAGGGAUAUGAAGGUUCACUAAUCAAGCUCACAUCACAACAGCCAGUUGGCUCUGUUACAUUUGACAGCAGAGUGGGGCGUGUUCAGGAGAGGCUCCACAUCGCCCUGGCGAUCAGCCCUGCCGGCUCCAAGUUCCGCCUGCGCUGCCGGAUGAACCCCUCGCUGGUUAACUGUUGCACCAUGGACUGGUACGACAAAUGGCCCAAAGAGGCCCUGCUCAGAGUGGCCAACACCUACUUCACACAAGUGGAUUUUGAUGAGGCGUUAAAGAGAAGUGUGACCAUGGCGUGUGUCAGCAUUCACAACAGUGUGUCAGUGGCAGCACAACAAUUCUGGCAGCAAAUGAGGAGGUACUACCACGUCACGCCCAGCAAAUACUUAGAGCUGAUUCAUGGCUUCUCUGACCUGCUCAAGAGAAAAAGGAAAGGCAUUCUGAACUCAAGAAACCGCUUUGCGAACGGUCUGCUGAAACUAUCGGAAGCCAGCUCAAUGGUGGGAGAGAUGCAGGAAGAAUUAGUGCCACUGGGACCACAGAUCGAGCAGAAAACCAAGGAGAUUGAACAGUUAAUGCAGAAGCUUAAAAGUGACACUGAGGCCAUGGAGGAGGUUCGAGCCAUAGUGAAACACGAAGAGGAGAUCAUGGCUGAAGAGACCCAGAUUGUGCAGGAAUAUGCUGAGCAAGCGACCAAUGAGCUGAAUGAUGUGCUUCCUGUUUUGGAAAAGGCCAUCGUUGCUCUCCAAGCCCUGGAUAAGAGUGACAUCUCAGAGAUCAGAGUGUACACCAGCCCCCCGAUUCUGGUUCUCAAGGUGAUGAACGCGGUCUGUGUGCUGCUACAGAAGAGCCCUCAGUGGACAACAGCAAAGCUGCUCCUUGGAGACCCAAGUUUCCUGAAACAUCUCCUCCAACUCGACAAGGACAAGAUCCCGGAGAAG